AUGGCGCCUCUGUCCCCCGCCGCGCCAAGCCCGUCCUCCGCCGCGCCCAGGGUGUGCUGGCCUAGGCCGCGGAACAGCGCAGUCUUUGCGGCAUGGAUUCGCGCUCGGGCCGCUCCAUCUCUCCGGAGCGGCCCCACGCAGCUCGCCGCCGAUGCCGUCAGUGGAGCAGCUGCCCGUGCUGCGACACCGACGGGGCGGACCGCAUCAGCGGCCUCCCCGACAACGCGCUCCUCAAGAUCCUUGCUGGCACCCGCUGCGCCCGCACCGCCGCCCACGCCGGCGGUCUCUCCCGCCGUCGUCGCUGCCCUCGCGCAGGUCGCACUCCCGGAGCUGUCCAUCCUCGACAUCAACGUCACCAAGCGCUUCAAAUUCUCCGCAGCAGGCGUCGCCUCGCUGCUCCGCACCGCCGCGAGGUUGGCGCUGGUGGAGCUCACCAUUAUAGUCUGGGGGGACAGAAAGGACAUCGACAUUGCCGUCGAGCUGCCUUGCUUCGACCGCGCAACAACGAUCAGGCUGGAACUAGGGGAUGUCAAAUUAGCACCGGCGGUGGCUGGCGGUGAGUUCCCUCUGCUCGAGAGGCUGUCCGUUGCAGGCUGCAGGUUGGCCACCGCUAGCGCUAGCCUGAUCUCACAGUGCCCGCAUCUGCGAGCGCUAGAACUGCGCCGAUCUGAACAUCCUGACGUUUUGAGGGUCCACUCGACGAAGAUUGAAAAGCUAGUCAUUGACUGUGAUACUAGUAGCUGGUUGGGGGCUGUUGACAUCGACGCCCCUGUGCUGAAGAAGUUCACCAUGAACACCAUCAUUGACAGGGAUUUCAGCAUGUCAUUCUCGGCGCCUAUGGUGGAGAUUCUCUCGUGA